GAGGAAAUAGCGCUGCGGUGGGGCAAUGCAACGUCCUUGCAACAAUCUCCCACUGGAACUGAUCCUUUUUCAUGUGUUCCAUUUUCCAGCAUCAACCGACUGACACCGUGACGGGUCUUCUUGCUUAUUACAGUGUACAGUGCAGGUUGAGGGCAUCUCGGAGCACCGCCAAUGGAGACGGUCAUCAAGCAGCCUGCCAUUGCUGCGAUUGGAACGGCGCUUUUGGCUGUGUUUGUGCUACACACCAUCGUCCAGUGGCGCCGUCUCUCACACGUUCCGGGUCCUUUCUGGGCCGCUUUCUCAAAAUAUUGGAUGGUCAAAACAGCCCUUCGGGGUGACCAACCUUCUGCCCUCAAAGCGGCCAACGACAAAUAUGGAUCGCUUGUCCGGAUUGGCCCGAAUGAGCUAGCCACUGACGACCCCGAUGUCUUGCGACGUAUGAUGGCGGUUCGAUCCGCCUACACGAGAGGCCCCUGGUACGAGGCGUGGCGGCUUGACCCAACGCGGGACAACUUGUUUUCGAUGCGUGACGAUGCGGCCCAUAUCCAGCUCCGGGGCAAAAUGGCUCCUGGCUACUCCGGCAAGGAGAAUCUCUCGAUGGAAACCACCAUCGAGACCAGAAUUGCCAAGCUGGUUGAUCUGAUCGAGACCAAGUACCUCUCUACUCAUGGACAGUAUCGCCCCAUGGACUUCGCCCAGAAGACUCAAUAUUUCACUCUUGACGUGAUCAGCGAUCUUGCAUUCGGCCACCCACUGGGCUAUCUGGAUCAAGACGACGAUGUUUACGACUAUAUCAAAAUCACUAAGGCGUCGAUCCCUGCCAUGAUGAUUCUGUCAAACAUGCCCGUGCUCGCAAAUAUCAUGCAGUCACGCUUCCUGCGUUCGCUAUUACCAAAAGACACAGAUAAGAUUGGAUUUGGUGCUUUUAUCGGCGUCACCAAGAAAGUCGUGGCAGCUCGCUUCGCGUCCGACAACCCUUCGGAACCGGACAUGCUUGGCUCCUUCAUCCGGCACGGUCUGAAUCAGGUAGAGGCAUCGGGUGAAGCGCUCCUCCAAGUCGUCGCGGGGAGCGACACGACAGCCUCCACAAUUCGCAUCGUCAUGAUCCACCUGCUGAGCAGCCCUCCAAUCUACAAGAGACUCCAGUCAGAGAUCGACGACGGCAUUGCGUCGGGCAAAAUCUCGUCCCCGAUCAAGGAUUCCGAAGCUCGUCAAAUGCCCUAUCUGCAGGCCGUCAUUAAAGAGGGCCUGCGAAUCUUACCACCCGCUGCCGGUGCCUUCUUCAAGGAGGUACCUCCAGAAGGCGACACGAUCGACGGCAAGUUUAUUCCCGGCGGUACGCAAAUUGCAAGCUCCCCUUUGGCCAUACAUCACUCCAAGAGGACAUUUGGCGAUGAUGCCGAGGUGUUUAGGCCCGAGAGGUGGCUUGAGGCUGAAGGGGACAAGCUUGCUAAGAUGCAGAGCACGGUGGACCUGGUGUUUCACUCGGGCAAAUUUCAGUGCCUGGGCAAAAAUGUCGCCUUAAUGGAGUUCAACAAGCUCUUCGUGGAGUUGCUAAGACGGUUUGACUUCUCGGUGGUCCGGCCCACUGAGCCAGCGAAGAUCACCAAUGCUGGAGUCUGGAUGAUCGAGGAUUUCUGGGUACGGGUUACUCGCAGACACAGUGACGACUAGGACCGCUACCGUCGACUACCUGUGACUGUCGCCAUAUAUCCAAGCCUUUUCACUACUUGCUGCGGCGCCCCGUUGUCCGCCGCGGAAUGCCGUCAAAGCUCCCAGAACAUCGAACGAAAACUGAAGCCAUACGUGACAAGGAAAAUUGUCUGUAUCUGUGGUGGGUGUAUUGCUGACAGGACUAGGUACUAUACAUGUAAUCUAUCAUGCUUCUGAUUUGCUGUUAGGUAUCAUUGGACAAGGCGGGUGAAUUACCAGAUACCGGGAGGGCGCAAGUAGGAGUGAUUUACACAGCCUGAUGGCAGUAAUCGCUGCGGGGUUCAUGUAGCAUCCCAUGAAUCCUUCUCCCUUGGCUUGCAGCCUGGAGGAAUGCAGAACGAAGAUCUUC